AUGGCCCGAGAGUUGCAGGCCGAGUUAAGCCCUAUGGCCGAGUGGGCACAAAGUGGGAGCAAGGCUUCGGUCGAUGCUUUGAUGAACAGCUGGUGCACCCGGCUGGAGAGCCUUGGCUCUCUGUCGUUAGGGCAAGCCAUGCAGAUGAAGCAGACGAUCCAGGAUCUGAGCUUCGAGAGCACCCUGUCAGAACGGUUGCUUGAAAAAGUUGAAGCCAAAGUUCUGGCAACGGCCACGGCUGCAACACCGCCGCCAGAUACUACAUAUACGCCUCACAAGCGAAAGGAGGAAAGCAAGCCGCAGACCUUGCUGAAGCCGGAAAACUUCAUCACGGUCACUGAGUGGUCUAUGCUGGAAAAGUCGCCAGCACCGGCAAGGCUGGAAAUCCUUCUGAAAAGGUAUCUGCAGCUGGGCCUGAGGAACCUCACAGAACAGACGGUCAAGAAAGGCCUGGCCUUCCUCUUGGCACUGGCAGCCGGCGAGCUCAGUCAGAUGCCGACAUAUGAAGAGAUCUACGAAGAGGUCCAGGUCUUCAAGAGAUCUUGGGAAUCCGUGAAAACGGAUGCAGAGCCGACUGAGGUCGGCCUGCUCACGUAUCCCGAUGACCCCAGCAGCUUGCCGAAGGCUCUGUUCGACCGAGCCUACAAGGCUGAGGACCCGCCCAUGGGCAAAGACGUGAGGGCUGGGAUCUGGCUAGCUCACAUUCCGAUGCGAUCUACUUCCAAGCUCUUGCAGAAGAACAAGAAGCAGAGGCUGCCGAGGCCAGAUGGCCAGGCCGCCGUGUCUGAGCAGCAUGCGAACGAGUUCCAGAGCCGCAUGGAGCAGUGCUUCGGGCGACUGGAAAGAAUGCUGGACCAGGGCUGCGGUCAGAAUGCCAUCCAGGAUGGUGGGCGAAGGGAGCUGCAGCUUGCUGCAGGCGCAAGAGGCGAGCUGAGCAGCAGCAGUGCCGGGGUCGGCUUUGCUCUGGGCAACCCAGCCCAGCCGGUUUCGGCUGCGACACAGCAGACCUCGCCAGGGCGACAGUCGGCCUUGCAGCUAGCCCUGCCUCCAGCCGAAGAACCCGAAGCAACGGAGUCGCUCCCUGCCGAGAACGAUCUCGAGGACGAAGCUUUGUUCAAGAAGCUCAAAGAUCGCAAAGCUGGGAUUCUGAAGAAGCCGGCCGCUGCAGCUGCAGCGAGCUCGCAUGGAAAGCGGAAGUUCCAAAUUGUCUGGGAGGACGGCUGCAUCCAGAAGAACUAUGCUUCUCGCAUGUACAAGCGAGCCGGAACGUGGGCAAAGCAGCAAGGCUUCUCGGAGCAGCAAGUGGUGGAGUGCCAGCGAGAGGCCCACAGAGAGGCCAUUCUGCUGUGGAAGAAGAAGAACGGUCAGGAUGAUUUCGCCCUGGCGCUGUUGGAGUGGACGUCCGCUCCCUCGCCCGGGGUGAAGGACACUGCCCGGGCUGAGUCCCCCGACGUUCCAUGUAAGUACAUGCAUAUCCCCGCCGUCUGCUUCAGUGGCGACUUCGGGGUGAAACGUUUCUUCCGGUUGUCACUGGAGUGGCCCCUUCAGCUCCUCCCACUUCUCGGUGGGAGCGCCGAGGGCAGCUAUCUUCACACUGUUGUACCAUACAUUGCCUGUGCCAAACUCCACGUCAAGCUUCCGGCGGUCUCCUUCCAUUUCGAGGACCAGGCGUUUUAUCUUCCCGGCAAACUGAGCGCGUUUGCGACGCUCUGGAGACUCACUCAUCGCUGCCCAAAAGUAGCGAUCCCCGCCUUGAGGUUUUUGACCGGUGACGACACGCCCCUGACGGAUCGUGCGCAGGCCUUCACGGAUGCGUGCUCGGAAAUCGCCCUGCCCUUCCCCAUCUCUGGCAGAUAUCGGUACGAUUGCAAACCCCCGGCGGAGGCCGGGGACGAAAGCGUCCGCCAUGUUGAUGUCAAUCCUCAACUCGGCCACGUGCUGUUUGACAAGCUUCAAAGUUUCCUGAGCACUUUGGUCUGCAUCCCAUCCCCCCAUAAUUAG